AUGUUACACUGUCCUCCUCACGAAAACCCCAACAGCUGGGUACUAAAGACAGAUGAAGCCCCAUCCAGAUUUACCUGGCUUCAAAGUCUCAAUAGGACAGGGCUUAAGGAACAGUUUAACUGGACGAUCACGCACAAGCUCAAUAGCGACAUCGUGCAGAGAUACGGGUACCUAGUAGCGCGAGACUCGGUCCCAGUAAAAGACUAUGAUAAAAUCUACAACGGUAAAUCAAAAACUGUGGUUUGGUUCGUGAGUCAUUGUCCAGUCCGCUCUCGCCGCAAGGGAUACGUGCAGAAAAUGAAAGUCAGAACCGACGUGGACAUUUUUGGCAUGUGCGGUGACCUUUCGUGCGGAACGGCCCCAAAAGGACCUGGGAUUGUGGGCCUCAGAGAAAAAGCAGACGUUGAAACUUGCUUCCCCAUGUUGUCAGAAAAAUACAAGUUCUAUUUGGCAUUUGAGAAUUCGUUGUGUCAAGAGUAUGUCACGGAAAAGUUUUUCAAACUUUUUAAUGACGUAGAUGUCAUUCCAGUGGUAAGAGGAGGUGCCGAUUACAAGAGUUAUUUCCCACCGAAGACAUUCGUGGAUGCUUCAGACUUUUCCACUCCAGAAGCAUUGGCUGAUUUCUUGGAGGAUUUGGGUAGGGACCGAGAGAGAUACAUUCAGUACUUGAAGAACAAGGACAGAUGGCGAAGUGUCCGCGACUUUCCACAAUGGCAGUGCAAGUUGUGUGAAAAGUUGCACACCGACCGGAACAGAAAGCGUUACGCCAAUGUGCACAGCUGGUGGGUUUACAAAUCUUGCCAUGAUGACGUCAUUGACUCCCUCAAGUUUUAAAUUAAACAUAUUGUUAUAGAAUGACUCUUGCAUGCUUUCCUUCAAUUUGUAUUUUUAUUGACCAAAAAUUUAGGUAAAAAAUGAAUAAACGGUAAAAAAGAUAAACAAACAGACUUGCUGCACUCUUUUUGUAUUUUCUCUUCGCAUCGUUUCAAUGCGAUCCUGUGCUCAGUUCUCCAGUUCACUCGUUCUACUCUUUAGAGAGUAAAAUACAAGA